AUGGCAACAAAUCUCCCGUCGUUUCCAGCAUUCGAUAUCACCCAAGAUCAAGGAGCUUUAGGCCCUCGGUGGAAGAAAUACAUCGCUAGAUUUAGAAAUCUCGUCGUAGCGCUGAACAUUAACGACAAGAAGCGUCAAAGAGCUUUGCUGUUACACUACGCUGGCGAGCAUGUUAACGACAUUUUUGACACGCUUCCUGACACAACAGCUACUGACGAUGAAAACCCAUUCGAAAAGGCAGUAGAGGCCCUUACAGCGUACUUCACACCGAAGAAAAACGUAGUAUACGAAGAGUAUCAGUUCAGGCAAGCCAAACAAGAACAAGGUGAGAAGUUUAUGGCAUUUUAUACUCGCCUGAAGCAACUUUCGCAGACUUGUGAGUUCACUGACCCUGACCGUGAAAUAAAGUCUCAAUUAAUUCAGCAAUGCAUAUCAUCAAAGCUGAGACGGAAAGCCCUUAGCGAGCCUGAAAUCGCCCUUCAGAGUUUACUUGAUUACGGGAAAACUCUAGAACUAACAGAAACUCAAGUUGCAGACUUGGAAAGUCAAACGAGGGAGAAAGCAGAAGACGUGACUAAACUUAGCCAAUAUAAGAAAUCCAAUAAUCGAUGGAAGACUUCGAAUCGUGGGUAUGCUAAGACCAGAAAGGAGUAUAAGAACAGUGGACCCUCUGGAUCUAACUCAAAUAUCUCGAAAUGUCGGAAUUGUGGUGGAACGUUUCCGCACAAGGGUGGCAAGACCGCUUGUCCAGCGUACCAGAAGGAGUGUCACAACUGUGGCAAGCGUGGUCACUUUAUGUCUGUUUGUCGAAGUGAAUCGAAGCAAAAAUUGCCGUCCAGACAAAGAGAAAGAUUAGCAGCUUUUGGCGAACAGCUCAGCGAUAGUGAGGAUGACGAAAACACGUUUUGGCUGAAUGUCCAUAGUGUCAGUGGUCAGCGAGAAGCAAAACACCCCAUGUUUAGAGUGAACGUUAGAGGCGUAUGGUUGACCCUGAUGGCUGACUCCGGGUCUAGCAUCAAUAUCCUUGAUGAGAAUGAUUUCGAGAAACUUGGGGACCGUCCUGAACUCGAACAGACCUCUACUCGUGUCUAUCCGUAUAAGUCGAACAGACCCCUGAAGAUGAUUGGGCAGUUCGAGACAAUCCUGAAAACCGAACGUGGAGCAACGUCGCGAGAAGUCAUGUAUGUCACACAAGGAGCAGGCGGAUCACUUUUGAGUUGGCAAGCGUCUCAAAAACUCGGUUUGAUCUCCACUGUACGACCAUUGGAAAUGAAACGAGUCCCAAGAAAGGGGACCCAGCGUCUGGUAGAAGAGGGAGACCUAUUUACUGGCCUUGGAAAGCUGAAAGGUUAUCAAGUUCAACUACAUAUUGAUGACAGCAUUCAACCCUCCGCCCAACCGCAUCGACGCGUUCCAUUCCAUGUCAGAAAACAACUCGAAGAGCAGCUAGAAGAAGACGAAAAGAACGGUGUCAUCGAGCGCGUAGAAGGCCCAACUCCGUGGGUGUCACCAGUAGUCGUAGCGCCAAAGCCUAAACAGCCUGGAAAGAUCCGAAUGUGUGUCGACAUGAGGCAAGCGAACAAGGCCAUACAACGUGAGCGUCACAUAACACCAACCAUUAAAGAAGUGAUUGGAGAUCUAAACGGAGCGACUGUGUUUAGCAAGCUGGACUUGAAUCAAGGCUAUAACCAGUUAGAACUUGCGCCUGAAUCACGAUACAUAACGACCUUUAGCACACAUGUUGGACUACGAAGAUUUACCCGCCUCAAUUUCGGAAUUUCAAGUGCUGCUGAGAUAUUUCAGAAUGUUAUACGUGAAACACUCCGUGGAAUACAAGGGGCGAUAAACCUCAGUGAUGACAUCCUUGUCUAUGGGAAAACACAAGAGGAUCAUGAUCGAGCCUUAAGAGAAACCUUGCAACGACUUCGGGAAAAAGGAAUCACUCUUCAUCGAAACAAGUGUGUCUUUUCCAAGGACCGGUUGGAGUUCUUCGGAUACAUAUUUUCCGACAAGGGAGUGGCUGCCGACCCCAAGAAGGUGGAGGCUAUUGUUAAUCUUCAACCGCCGUCCAAUGUUGCAGAAGUACGAAGUCUGCUUGGUAUGAGCAAUUAUUGCUCACGUUUCAUUCCCGCGUAUGCAACGCUAACGCAACCAUUACGAGAGCUCACACAGAAGGAUAAGCAAUGGGAGUGGACGGAGACCCAUGAUCGUGCCCUAAACCAGCUCAAGGAUGCCCUGGUGAAAGCGCCUGUAACCGCUUACUUCGAUCCCGAUAAGCCCACCGAGAUCAGUGUUGACGCAAGCCCCGUAGGACUUGGUGCGAUUCUUAUACAGGUUGAUCCUGCGACUGGGGAGAAGCAUGUAGUUGCGUAUGCGAGUAGAUCCCUAUCAUCCGUCGAACAGCGAUACAGCCAAACAGAACGAGAAGCACUGGCUGUUGUUUGGGGGUGUGAGUACUUCCAUCUAUAUAUAUAUGGGAAACCAGUAAUCGUGGUUACGGAUCACAAGCCGCUUCUGGCAAUUUACAACAACGCCCGGUCUAAACCGCCAGCGCGAAUCGAGAGAUGGGCUUUACGCCUACAGCCGUACCAAGUGUCAGUCACUUAUGUGAAAGGAGAAGAAAAUCCUGCUGACUAUAUGUCGCGACAUCCUGAGAAGGUUAUACAGCCCAGCAGUCGCCAGGAACGCGUAGCUGAAGAAUUUGUAGAUUAUAUCGCUCACACUUCAACACCCAAUGCCUUAAAGCUGGAAGAAAUUGCACGAGCCACUUUGCAAGACGCAACUCUUCAAGCUGUCGAGUGUGCUGUUCGUACGAAUAACUGGUUUGAACCUGCGAAGAGACUUGACAUAAAUUAUGCAACCUACAAAGCUUUAGAACGAGUUAAAGAAGAGCUGACUAUCUCUUCGAAGGCUGGUAUCAUUCUGAGAAGAACCAGAAUUGUUAUCCCUGAAGCCAUGCAGCAACGCGUAAUUGAUCUUGCCCAUGAGGGUCAUCAGGGGAUUGCGAAGACAAAGUCCCUAUUGCGCGAGAAAGUUUGGUUCGCUGGUAUAGAUAGUGCAGUCGAAAAGAAAGUCAAAUCCUGCCUUGCGUGUCAAGCAAGCACACCUGAAACGAAGCGGGAACCACUUCAAAUGUCACCGCUACCCGAAGGACCUUGGAAAGAAGUGAGUGUUGACUUUAAAGAAUUGUCCGGGGGAGGAUAUCUACUCGUCAUUUAUGAUGAUUAUUCGAGGUAUCCAGUCGUGGAAGUGGUAACAUCCGUGUCUUCUAAAGUCGUUAUCCCACGUUUGAACAAGAUUUUCGCAGAGUUUGGUAUUCCAGAAACAAUGCGUUCGGACAAUGGCCCUCCGUUUAACGGGAAAGACUUUGAGAAGUUCGCCCUCACUCUCGGAGUUAAACACCGAAAGGUCAUGCCUUUAUGGCCACGUGCCAAUGGGGAGGUUGAGAGGUUGAUUUUGAAGAAAGCCAUCGAAGCAGCUAAGGUAGAUCAACGCCCAUGGAAGGACGAACUUUGUGAGUUUCUUCGUAACUAUAGAGCAACACCCCACUCAACGACGGGUAAACCUCCUGCAACUGUUAUGUUUGGCCGUCCCGUGCGUGUAAAAUUACCUGAAGCACCGCAGAGCAGGAAAGAUCCCGCAUCCAUCCAACGUCGUGACGAACUGGCAAAGAAGAAGAUGAAAUACUAUGCUGAUGACAAGUCUAAUGCGAAACCCAGAGAUUUAACUGAGGGUGAUAAGGUUUUGGUCAAGCGUGAUCCCUCCUACAAGUCCGGUAUUCCUUAUGACCCUAAGCCCUACGUGGUGACUCGAAGGAAAGGCACGAUGAUCACAGCCAAGAGGGAAGGCAAGGACAUAACGCGGAAUUCUUCCUUCUUUAAACAGGUGCCAUUAGCUGAUCCCAUAACUGUAGAGUCUGAUAUGGAUGACAGUAUUUCCCUACCAUCACAACUUAACCCUGCGGUAGAUCCAUCAGAUCAGCAGCAACGCCGCUAUCCUUUAAGGAGUUCCCGACGACCACCAGCACAUCUUAGGGACUAUGUUUGA